AUGGCCAACCAGUCGAUUCUUCGCAUUUCCAGAGAGAUCAAGCAACUCCAGAGCAAUAUAGACUUGUCUCUUGCGAUAGCUUGUGACGAUGGGGAUCUGCGCAAUGUUCGUGCUCUAAUCAUGGGCCCACCUGAUACACCCUACCAAUUCGGUUUCUUUGAGUUCUCGAUUAUCUUUGGCACAGACUAUCCAGCAGGCCCUCCCGUUGUUCGAGCCCUGACGACGAAUCACGGGCAGUGUCGCUUCAACCCCAAUAUCUACUCCUGCGGCAAAGUUUGCCUGUGA